AGGAAACAUCGAGCCUAGACAUGGGAGUUCGAGGCGCCUUCCACCUUCUACUCGUGUGCCUGAGCCCAGCACUGCUGUCUGCUGUGCGGAUCAAUGGGGAUGGCCAAGAGGUCCUGUACCUGGCAGAAGGUGAUAACGUGAGGCUAGGCUGCCCCUACAUCCUGGAUCCUGAGGACUAUGGUCCCAAUGGGCUGGACAUUGAGUGGAUGCAGGUCAAUGCAGACCCCUCACAUCGGGAGAAUGUGUUCCUUAGUUACCAGGACAAGAGGAUCAACCACGGCAAUCUCCCUCAUCUGCAGCAGAGGGUCCGCUUUGCAGCCUCAGACCCUAGCCAGUACGAUGCCUCCAUCAACCUCAUGAACCUGCAGGUGUCUGACACAGCUACCUAUGAGUGCCGUGUGAAGAAGACCACGAUGGCCUCCAGAAAGGUCAUCGUCACUGUCCAAGCACGGCCUGCGGUGCCCAUGUGCUGGACUGAGGGUCAUAUGACACAUGGCAACGAUGUGGUGCUGAAGUGCUUUGCCAAUGGGGGCACCCCGCCUUUGUCCUACAAGUGGGCCAAGAUCAGUGGGCACACCCACCCCUACCGUGCUGGGUCCUACCACUCCCAGCACAGCUUCCACUCUGAGCUCUCCUACCAAGAGUCCUUUCACAAUUCCAUGAACCAAGGCCUGAACAAUGGGGACUUGGUGUUGAAGGACAUCUCUAAGGAGGAUGACGGGCUGUAUCAGUGCACAGUGGCCAACCAUGUGGGCUACAGUGUGUGCGUGGUGGAGGUCAAAGUCUCAGACUCCAAGCGUGUAGGCAUGAUCAUUGGGGCCGUGAUAGGCUCUCUGCUCAUGCUGGCCUGCGUGAUGAUGGGCAUCUGGGGGCUCAUCUGCUGCUGCUGCGCGGGCUCCGGGGCUGGCGGCAGCCGCGGUGCCUUCGGCUACCGCGACGGCGGCGGGGUCGGCGGAGGGGCCUGCGACAUGGCUAGCGAGAUCAGAGAGGACGCCGUGGCGCCCGGGUGCAAGGCCAGCGGGCGCGGCAGCCGCGUCACCCACCUCCUGGGGUAUCCGACGCAGAACGUCAGCCGCUCCCUGCGCCGCAAGUACGCGCCUCCGCCCUGCGGCGGCCCGGAGGACGUGGCUCUGGCCCCCUGCACCACCAUAGCUACAGCCGCCUGCGAAGCGGGCCCCUCCCCGGUGUACGUCAAGGUCAAGAGCGCCGAGCCCGCCGAGAGCGCCUCGGGGCCGCUACCUUGCAAGGACGGUCUGGUGGUGUGAGCGCGCGCGUCGCUCCGGGCUGCGCCCCGGCGGGGAGAAGGGGCGGGCCUCUGCCUGCAGCUCGGGACUCGCUCGGCCGGCUGCAACCUCACUUGAUCCGGGCCGCUAGGGGCUGG